AUGAAUGCAUUUUUUGAUGGAUUUUUAAAUUCAAGCACGACACUACAACAAUUUGUUGUUCAAUUCGACAAUGCCUUUAGAGUGAAGGCACAAAAAGAAAUACAGGCUGACUUCUCCUCCCUUAACACCACGAUUGGUUGUGGCUCCCAAUCACCGAUCAAAAGACAAUUUCAAUUAGAGUACACACAUGAAAAGUUCGACGAGGUUCAAACAGAAUUUCGGUCCAGGAUGAAUUGUUUUAUCAANAANACUGUNAAGGANACUUAUAUGAAUACUUACACAAUAAAAGAGGAGCGGAUGUUUGAGGGUAAAUGUGUAGAUAAAUUUUAUACAGUUGAAUUUGAUCCACUCACUAACAAUACCAAAUGUUCUUGCCUCUUAUUUGAGUUUAGAGGCAUCAUUUGUUGCCAUGCACUAUUGGUGUUUGGUCAAGAAGAUGUUUGCAAUGUGCCAUCCAAAUACGUUCUUAGGCAUUGGAGUAAAAAUAUUCGUAGAAGGCACACGCUCAUUCGAGCAGCUUACACUAACUCAAAGCUUCAACCGACCAUGCAAAGAUACCAACUAUUGUGUAAAAAAUUCUGUGAAAUAGCGAAGGUUGCUUGUGAGUCAGAAGUUAAUUCAAAUCAGUUACAAAAGGAUCUUGAUCUACUUGGUAAUAAAUAUGGCUGCAGUUCAUCCAUGACUACUAACAUCAUUAGUGAUGGAGAUGAACUCAGAUAUCAAAAUCCGGUUACUUCUCCAACAUCUAACACUGAACGAGGAAAUGAUGACGUACUUGUCCGCAGCCCUUUACCAGUGAAGCGAAAGGGUGACCGCAUACAAACAGGUUAA